CAGCUCUCACUGUUGCUGAGCGACUGACAGCGCUCACACGCUCUCUCUCUCUCUCUCGCUCUCUCUCUCUGUCAGGAGGAGCCUGACCGGAGUACUAUCACCCAGGGUUGAGGACUUCUCUCAGUACUCUAGAGCUGAAUAGUGGACUAAGCGUCUCUCUCUCUCUCUCUUACUCCCUCUCUCUCUCUCACAGUGCACUCAGGAAUAGCAGGCCUUGUUUUUGCACUCUCUCUCUCUCUCUCUCUCUCUUUUUGCUUUAUCAGCUCCAGGGGAAGGAAUUCUAACACUGAGCUGUGGAGAGAGUGGAACUUUUUUUUUUUGUUUUUUUUUUGUACGUCCUUCCUUUCUUACCCUUCCUCCCUCCCUCGUUCUGUGUUUGGCUGCUUUUUGUAGCCCGGAGCAGGGAGCAGGUGCUGGCAGCACUGUGUUUGCGAGGUGGACGGCGAGAGCAGGGGCAGAAACAGGGGAGCGAUGAGGAGACACGGUGCCACUGGUUCUGUGAUCACGACCGCAAACCCAACGUCGGACGCUCACAGUGAGAGGAGAAUCCAGCGUCUCAGACUAACUCUGCAUCCAGAAGAGAGCUCCACAACUUCAAUUGAGCCCAGAAAUAGCAACCCACACAAAGAGGAGAAAGUCGUCAAUGGAGCCUGGAAAGGGAGAAAUGGUCUCAUAAAACGAGAGAGACCAGCGGGCCAAGAAUCACCUCAGCUGGAGGACAAGGAGGGGACUGGUGAUUUUGAGACACAGAUGACAGUACAUGUGGAAGCGGUUCUAGGGGCAAAGACUGCUCAACUUGCAGAUAUCUCCCACAGAACAGAGACUAAGGUGAUGCUGGCACGGAGGGAGAGACAUCAACAUGAAGGGUUAACUUUAAUGGGACGUGAAUACUCCAUAACGCAUCCCGGUGCGGAGACCAAUGGGGUGAGAGAUGAACCUCUGCAGCGUGGGCCCGUGGUGUACGGGGUGGUGCAGAGGACAAGCUCCGACCGACAGCAGGAGCUCAUGGCCCGAGAAUGGUCCGUCAAUCACAUACGAGAUGAGAUGAGGUACAUCCGCGAGGUGAGAGACUCUCUGGAAAAGGUCAGAGAGAGAAUGUAUGGGCAGUUUGGAGGAAUGCAACAAUCAAUACAAAAGUUAACACAAGACUUAAAGGCGGCAAACUCUCACAGACGGACUUUGGAGAACGAGGUAAGGGUGAGGACGUCAGCUCAGGAUAGCUUCGACCAGAUGAACAGCUCCCUCAUAACUGCUAAUAUCGAUUUACAGAAAUCCCUGAUAGAUAGCUGUCGGAAUCGCAUAGGAACUCGAGAUGAGCUGAGAAACUUACGCGUCUCCUUUGAGAAGGCUGAGCAGAGGCUACGAGAGAGAGAGAAACAGCUGGAGGCAGUGCAGGCUGAGAACCAUACCUUAAAAUUACAGAUGGAGUCUUCACAGGAGGCGAAAGCUCAGGCAUUGAGGGAGCUCGGUGCCACUCUGAGGAGACAGUAUGAGGAGCAGCUAGAGGAGCAGCAGAGGAAACACAGAGAGGAAAUUGAAAGACUGCAGGCACAACUUGACGAGUAUUUGAGACGUUUAGAGGAGGCUGAGAGGUCUGUUAAGAUCGCUGAGGCAAAGAUUGCUGAGAGGGACCAGAGGAUCAGUGAAGUGGAACGUCUGUUGGACUGUAUGGCUCAGGAGAAGAGCCAUCUGAUGCAGAAGCUACAGGAAUGCGAACAGCGAUUACGCGGCUUGGAUGAGGUGGACCAUGCCAACAAAACAGUGAGCAAGGAAUCUGAACGACUUCAGGAGGAGGCUGCAGACUUGAAAGAGAGAAUUAAGCAUCUGAAUGACAUGGUGUUUUGUCAGCAGAGGAAAGUCAAAAGUAUGAUAGAAGAGGUUCAAACACUAAGGACCAAGUUAGCCCAGAAAGAUAUGUUUAUUUCAGAGUUGCUGGACAGAAUUGCCAUUGUGGAAUGUGAGAAUAAUGAGUUAGAAGACAAGCUGAAGUAUUUUAUGUCUGUACAGAAUGCCACUGAGACUAAAGUCCAAACCAGGGACAUUGGAGUUGGCUGUGACCUGCCUGCAAGGAGAUUUAUUCAGACUCUUCCAGACAAAGGGGAAAAAAUCUCUGACUCUGUAGAGAGAAUCAAGCGUGCCUUGGCAGCCCGUGAGGCUGAGGAAAGAAAAGAAGCUGAUCUGUCCUCCAUCAGGACAGAAUUUCAGAUGAAGUACCAACAGGCGCUGACUCAGCGUCAGCCCGACCAGCAGGCAAGCCCCAACAGAGUAGAUAUUCUCAGCACUUCCCUGAAAGAGAGACGGGGUGGAGGGUCAGCACUUGAAGAUGAUAAUGUUGCUGUUGUUGUUGUUGUUGUUGAAAAGACGUCUCUCGCACCAACAAAUGCAGCUGAGUUACAGCCUGACAGAGCUGAAGCUAUGGAGGCUUCCUCUGGUACAGAUACAGCAGCAUCGGUCGGCGCCGGUGCAAAGAAGAAUGAACUUGCAGAAGCACUAGAACGAGUCACACUGACUGAACAAUCAACAAGAGGAACUCAGGAAACCAAAGACACUCUUAAAAACACUACUCCUGUCAACCCCUUCCUGGGUAAACAUCAACAGAAGAUGCCCCACUAUAUGGAAGUGUUGGAAAAGGCUCAGUUGACAGGGGGUGCAAGAAAACCAAAAUUUAAACCUAACCAACUACCCUCCAAAACAGGGUCCCCCUCUCCAAGCCAGUCUCCUGGGAGUCCAACGCCGCUCUCGGCAGAAGCCAGGAGACAAAGAGACAAGAAGCACCUCGAUGACAUCACAGCUGCUAAGCAUCCUCCUCUCCACCAUAGCCCUGCCCAGCUCCUCUCACUGGAGGAGUCAGCGCUCCUGCUGAAGGAACAGACCAGGAAGUACCAGGAGCUGCAGGCUAAGUUGGCAGCACAGAAGCUGGCUGAAGGAUUGACUGUCAGUAUGGGCACUUAUCAGCCUGAGGGAGGGCCUCUGGCCGCCUACAGGGAAGUCCGUGACGAUGGAGCCCAGCUCUCCUCAGAUGAGGACUAAUCCUGGGGCCUGGAGAGGGGUAGCUGCCUGGCAGGCAUGUCUCUGGACUGGCUCCAAGCUUGUGACCCAAGGCCCUCCGUUAGGCCGAGAGAGAGAGAGA